UCUGCAAACAUCAUUCGCUGUCAAAUCAAUUAAAAGCACUUUCAACGACAGGUAGAAUUUCAUUAACGAUGAAGUUUUUCGCUGUUUACAUCUUCGCUAUCGUCGCAUACGCGUCUGCGGCAAGCAUUCCACAAUACGAUGGACCAACGUACGAAUUAAAGCAUAUAAGUGAACGUGAUGCCCAUCCUGAAGCCUAUCCAGAAGGCUAUCCUGAAGCUUAUGCUGAUGGCUAUGCUGAUGCUAUUGGUAAUGCUGUAGCCAAUCCUAAUGCAUAUGCUGUAGCAAAUGCUGUGCCCAACGCUGCUGGUCAACCCCAUCCCAAUGGCGUUGCAUUUGCUGAUGACGAUGAUUAUAAUCGGUCACGUAGAUUUACUUGCGAUGUCCUCUCCGUCCAAACGGCCUGGUUCAGUACCAAUCAUGCAGCUUGCGCCCUGAGAUGCUUGGCUCAAAGACGAAGAGGUGGUCGUUGUGAAAACGGAGUCUGUAUUUGUCGAUAAAGACACGUUUCAUGGCAGAUGACUAUGUGAGUUUGUCAUAAUUUAUGAUUUCUCGAUUGGAUGCUACAUUUAUAUUCUAAGACUUCGCACAAUUUUCUCUCAAUUUGUAAUUCAAUAAAUAAUCUGUAAUUGAA